AGAGUGCAAUGCUUUCAAAAUGUCGCUCUCACUACUGCGAAUUUGUUCGAUUUUCGCUAUAUUAAUUGGAAUAUCUCAAGUAUCUCAGACUGACGAGGAGUUUGAAGGACGUUCAUCAUUCCCUGUUGAACAUGCAUUCGGAUCAGAUGCCGAGUUCACCGAAAGAGGCACGAUUACAAUUCAGUCAAUGAAGGCCAAUGUUGCCACAUUCAACCAGCUUGCUCCACUAACUAAAGAUGAAAAAGCAAAAUUAAAGGCUUUGGUAAAAAGUGAUGGCAACUACAGAAUCAGAAUACCUGUGAAGACUUCAAAUAGCAAUGUGCAAUAUGUGUCAUCUUUCAUGAAAGCUUGUUCAAUGUACGAAUCUAAAUUAUCUGACCAGAUAAUCAUCAGUGUCGGGUCAUCUGGAGGAAUUGUGGGUAUUUCUAUGGUGACAUACCUAUCUCAUUGUGCGGGGAUAACUGUGCCAGAGUCAAGUCUUAAAAACUUUAAUACAACUGUAGAUAUAAGAACAUCUUUAGCUGGUCCUAUGCCUGACACACAGAGUUAUAUCCAGAAAAUGGAACAAGAAAAAGCAGCCAAAGAAAAAGAAGGACCUGCUGACAAUAGAUCAUUUAUAGCUAAAUAUUGGAUGUACAUUGUACCAGUAUUCAUCUUCAUGAUGGUAGCAUCCAACGCAGAGCAACCCUCAGGUGGCGGGAAAUAAUUAGACAACACGACACAAUACCUGAAUAGGAUAUCUGCAGAAGUAGAAAGUAAUUAAAGUCAAGGUCUAUUUUUCAACACAAAUGAGAAACUCUGAAAACAAAUCAAUUAGUUGCAUGAAUUAGGCUCUGUCAUUUUGUUAACCUUGACUGAAAUGCUAUGAGUUAUUAAGAAAAAUGUAAGAGUACAACUAAAACGUUUUGAAAACAUUUGCCUUUCUUGGUGCAUAAUGAAGAAUUCAUGGUAAAUAAGCCAAGAUCGUAACACAUAUUCGUAGAGCCUACGCUUCUAAGAAAAUAAUGUUAUGGUUAUUAGGCUAAUAUGAGAAUGAAUGGAUUAUGGACUCACCUGACGCUAGAUUGUCUCACAUUGUUAUCAAAUUAAUUAAAUUGAUGUUUUAUAUGUCAAAGCCCUCAAGUGUAAAAGCACAGGAAACUCACCUACUAUAAUGGCUAAAUGACUGCGUCCUCUUUGAUUAAAAAGGAGUAAUAAGAUUUCUUGAGACUGUUGAUUCACCUUUGAGGCAUUUUAAUGUCACCACCAGAAGUGGUGACAUUUUGUUAUGUC